AUGGCUGCGGGUGGCUGCGACUGGACUUUCCGCGCCCGCGGACCAUCGAGAUCUCAGGUGUCCUGUGUCAUACGCCUAUCCAGAAACGCCAACUCCAGCCUCCCUACGGACCCAGCCAGUGACAUAGCCCAAUUACGCUCGCGCGUCGAGAGAGACGUCGCGAUCACGAUCGGUCCAGAGCGCAACAAGAAGCGGGAGAAGAUCUCAUUGGAACUAUUCAAGCAAUGGCUGGAGAUUUCUCUCGAUAUUCGUGGAUUUUCUUACCCCUCCUAUAUCAUUAAAACAGGAGUUGGAGACAUCAUUCUCGACGAAAAGUUCCGCGGCAAAGUCUAUCUCAAGGGGGUGCUUCUGUCAGGGUCAAGCUUAGAGACCAGCUCCUAUAAGCUUAGUGAGACAUACCACGCCAAGGUCAGUACAACUAUUGGCCCAUUCAUAAACCCAGAGAUUGAUAGUGAGCAGGAUGUGGACGUGAUUCGUGAUGUGUUGGGAAAGGAGCCAGUUAAAAUCCCAGAAUCGCUGUGGGACUUAAUCCGAUCAGACUCUGCGAUCAGAACCGCAGAGGAAGAGCAAAUCAUCUUAUUCAAAAACGCCCCAGUGUGUUCGCCUUCUAACUCCUCUUUCUCAAUGACGGUCCAGAGGGUCCUGAAAGCGUGUAUGGCUCUAUCCGAGAACACGAAGUAUAUCAGAGUUUUCUUUAUCCACAUUCACAAUAGCACCAUCGAUACUUUCUUCGACCUCGAGCAACAAGUACUCAAGAUCCACCACAGGUGGUUGGAUUUUGAUGCCACGCACCGCAGGUACCCUUAUCGCGAUGCACUGCCAAACAUAGCCGGGCCCUACGCGCCAUUCUUCUGCGAUCACAUUAUUGAGGAGCUCAUACGGAAGGCGCUCCCCAUAAUCUUCCGGGCUGCUCCUAUAUCAAGGACGACUAAAAAUGGAGUUAUACGGCAGAUCCGAUACCGUCUCCGACAUACUUUAUGCGGCUGUCUAGAGCAGCUGGUAUCGCAGCGUCACAAAGUCGCGGUGUUUGCCGACUUAGACUGCUCGAAAAAGUACUUUCCCAUAAUUGCCUUAAACCAGAGGUUAGCCUUCUAUGGGUAUCCGCCCGAGACCACGGUCCGUGGCGGACAGGUCGAAGCCCGAGACCCUGCAGUUUCAUUGUCUAUUCACGAGCAACAGAAAGCAGACACGCAGACUUUCCCAUCUCGCACACAGCAUGGUCCCCAGGAACCCGCAGCACCGCCGCCUCACGCGCAGCAGCCUCAUCUCCAGGCCCAGCAAGCACAAACCUCCCAAAUGGCACGGGAGCUCUUCAUUCGGCAGGCCAAGCGGCAGAAACAUUAA